AUUACUCCUGUGUCAUUUCGUUUGAAUCUACCUGCUAAUUACCGUGUUUCUCCCACUUUCCAUGUGUCGUUGCUGAAACCCUCUGGUGGCCCGAGAGGAGAGGCGGAGGGAGCCGAGGCCCGCAACCCCCCACCCUUGAUGAUCGAAGGCGAGGAGGCCUAUCAGGUUCGAGUACUGCUCGAUUCCAGGCGCCGGGGUAGGAGACUACAGUACCUAGUCGACUGGGAGGGGUACGGCCCGGAGGAGCGAUCCUGGGUCAAUUCGGAUGAUAUCCUGGACCCGUCACUCAUAGUGGAAUUUCAUCGGACGCAUCCGGAGAGACCGGCCCCUCGACCACGUGGUAGACCCCGGCGCCCGCUUCCUCGCGUCUGGAGCCGCUCGCGGGGGGGGGGCUCUGUCACGAACGUGGCUCUCGCGCCUCCUCCUCCGCACCACCGGAGGGAGCCGUCACCUGAAUAUUGACUGGUUUACAUUCGGACUACGUUUCCCAUAGGCCCUCAUUCCUGGGACUGAUUGCGCACACACCUGCACCUCAUUACACUCACGCUAUUUAAGACACACACACACUUACCCGUUGCGAAGUCUUGAUUUGCCCCGGUGAUCACUACUGAGCGUUUUCUUGUGGAUUGUACUUCUGUUGCCGUUGGACUGUUUAUUGGACUGUGUUUGUUUGCCGCCUGCCCUGAUCCUUGCCUGCUGUUUGGACUGUGUUUGUUUGCCGCCUGCCUCGACCAUCGCCUGUGACUCUACUCUGUUUGUCUGCCGCCUGCCUCGACCAUUGCCUGCCCCUGUUUAUGUCUCUGCCUUUGCCCCUGUCUGCUUUGGUGUUUAUUUUAAUAAAGCUGCAAAUGGAUCCUCAUUCUGCCGACCCGUCAUUACACUAUGCAUGUAUUCACUGCGGAAAGAGUUUCUCUGAUAGGAAAACCUUCAAAAUCCACAUGAGGAUCCACACCGGAGAGCGGCCUUUCGCAUGCCGUCAGUGUGAAAAGAGGUUCACGCAGGCGAAAUAUCUUAAAUCACAUCUGCAUUCUCACUCUGGAGAAAGACUAUUCAGCUGCGAUCAGUGCGGCAAAUCAUUUUUUACAGCAUUAUCCCUUAAGAAGCACCUGAAAGUUCAUUUACAGGAAAAGCCACAUUUGUGUUCUUUGUGUGGAAAGAGUUUCACAGAGCUCGGUUCAUUAAUAGUACACCAGAAAAGACACAGCGGCGUGAAGAAUCACAUAUGCAGCGAGUGCGGGAAGUCAUUUAUCACAAAUAGUGAACUAAAAGUGCACCAGAAUAUCCACACCGGAGAGAAACCGUUCAAGUGUUCACACUGCGACAAGAGAUUCAACCAAUCAGGAAACCUGAAAACUCAUGAGAGGAUCCACACUGGAGAGAAACCGUACACAUGUGAUCAAUGCGGGAAGAGUUUCAGUCAGUUCGCUUCUCUGCUCAGGCAUGGAAACACUAUUAUCUGUAAUAAGUUGUAAGUAGUUCAUCUUGAAUUGCGGAGGGUAAUAACUUCUCACUGGAGUUGUGAGAUUCAGAUCAACUGAAAUGUGGAUAUUCUUUCCAACAGAGCAGCAUUUUGUUCGUUUAAAGGGUUAGUUCAUCCAAAAAUGAAAAUUAUCCCAUGAUUUACUCACCCUCAAGCCAUCCUAGAUGUAUAUGACUACCUUUGUUCAGAUGAACACAAUUGAAGUUAUAUUCCAAGCUGUAUAAUGGAAGUUAAAUGUAACUUAGAUGUCGAAGCCCAAAAAAGCACAUCCAUCCAUCAUAAAAGUAAUCCGUACGGCAGGGGUUAAUAAAGGCCUUCUGAAGAGAAGUGAUGUGUUUUUGUAAGAAAAAUAUCCAUAUUUAUAACUUUAUAAACUAUAAUCACGGGCCUCCUGUAACGGCUGUGCGUGAGUGUAGUUCCAGCAAAAGACUGACCUCUGACCCGACGCAUGAGGGUGAGUAAAUUAUGGGAUGAUUUUCAUUUGUGGGUGAACUAACGCUUUAAGUUUGUCUCGUUCAUCAAAGCCAAUUUGAGGAAAAAAUCCUUGAUGAUCCAUGUUUACCAGUGCUGUGAUGUUGGAAGCUGUCUGUGUAAAAAAUUUACCCAAUUUACUUCGAGUGCAUAUUACUGUUUCUACUGUGAACAAUUCAUCCAUGCAUGUUUUAUAACAUUUUUUAUAACAAUAUUUACUGAAAAUGUUCAGUCAUGCACUCAAUGUGGGAAGAGUUUCAACCAACCGAGUCUCAGGAAAAAGCAUCACCUGAUGUUGUCGUAAUAACGAGCUCGUCAUCAUCAAGACCAGCACUUUCCUAAGAGGUUCAUUUGAUAAAAUACCUCUAGUGUUCUUUAUAUGUCACAGUAUAAGUUCGGCUUUUAGUGUGAAUGAAAAUCAGGUCCUUGUGUGUGUGUGUGUGUAUUGUUCAAAAGUUAGGGGUCAGUGAUAUUAAAAUUAUUUCUCAAACAUCAAAUCAUAUUAGAAUGAUUUCUGAAGGAUCAUGUGACACUGAAGACUGGAGUAAUGAUGCUGAAAAAUUUGUUCACAGAAAUAAAUUACAUUUUACAAUGUAUUGAAAUAGAA